AAGCGAAGCUAUGUACUGUACUUUGUGCAGGAUGAGUGAUAUUCACGCCUGACCCUGGAGGAAAACCACGUCGUCAUUUAAUCCUAAAUAAUUUCUUAUUUCUCCCUCUCGGCAGCACGAAUACUCAUCGCGCCAUCCUUGCGCUCAAGAAGCAGCCGCUCUACACUAGACGUGUUCAAACACCCACCAACGCAUCGCCAUGGCUGAGCACAGGGAUCUGGCAACGUGCCAUCCCUACUUUGUCGACGUACAUUAAGGCCCCUUGUUUCCAUACGCUCAGCCAAAGGGUCAACAAUUGCUCACAUGUCCCGGUGUUUUGCAGUUUCCCAAGAACCUUCCCGAGGGCACAUCCAUCCGUGGCAUGACCCACGAGCGCAAGCCCAUCACCCCGCAAGCCGGCCUCGACAUUGUCGAGUUCGACGUGCCGCUUCGUGACGGCGCGACCACGACCCUGCGAACGUAUCGACGGGCCGCCAGCGGCGCGAACAACCACAGCCGCCGCCUCCGCCUCGUCCCCGCGCUGGUGUACAUGCACGGCGGCGGGUUCGUCACGGGCAGCCUCGAAACGGACGACGCACCCUGCCGUGCCGUUGCCGCGGCGCUGGACCUCGUGGUGGUCAACGUCGAGUACCGGCUGGCGCCCGAGCACCAGUUCCCGGUGGGUUUUGAGGCCUGCUUUGAUGUGGUGCGGUGGGUCGCCUCCCCGCCCGGGCAAGAGAAGCUGUGCGCCGACCUCAACAAGGGCUUCAUCCUCGGAGGCACAUCCGCGGGCGCCAAUUUCGCUGCAGGCAUCGCGCAUCUAGCACGGCAAGAGGGCCUGGCCCCGCGCAUCACGGGGCUCGUGUUCCUGGCGGGAAGCUUCUGCCACCCCGACGCACGGCCACAAAAGUACCUCGACCGGAUUCUCAGCGUAGACGAGAUCACCGUCGCGCCUGGGUUGACAAGGAAAUCGAUUGACUACUAUGCGACCAAAUACGGCGCUCCGCCCGAGGACCGCCGCCUCUCCCCACUGCUCUUCGAGUCGCACGGCGGCAUCGCUGACAAGGCGUACUUUGCCGUCUGCGGACUGGACCCGCGCCGAGACGAGGCGCUGCUGUUCGAACGCCUGCUGUCGGACUCCGGCCUCGGCACCAAGGUCGACGUCUACCCCGGCCUGCCCCACGGCUUCUGGACGACGUUCCCGGAUCUCGACGUGUCCAAAGCGUGGCUGGACAAGCUCAUCGCGGGGCUGCGGUGGAUGAUGAUCGCGUAGCAAUGCAAGGGGGGUUGCAGCGACUGCGCGCGACCCCCGAAGCUGGACUGGUAGGUAGCAGGCGCCGAUGGCGAGAAAAACAAACAGUCGUUUGACGGGCCGCGACAUGCCUCUGCCCUUCCCAAGGGAAAAAAAAACAACAAAAGGAAAAGAGAGCUGUUAUGUCUGGCGGCUCUCUGGUUUCUUGACAGCAGCGUCGCCCACGCGAGCUUUUACAGCUCGCUCGUAGCACCGCUCACCCCCCUCUUCUUCUUAUUUUUAAAGUCUUGCAGCCACGCCUUGACGAAUCUCAC